CAUCAAGAGGUAGGGCAGAGGCGUUGAGAUUCUCAUGGACAGGCGGUCGCACAGAAAGACACACAGAGGUAGUGGUGUACACUAAGCCCUUGACAGCAAAUAGGUGACAGUGGUUAAAGACAUCAUCUGCUGAAAGAGUAGAAGAUGGCCACUCUGAACCACACCAACUGUAGCACGGCGUCACCAGCUGCUCUGGAGGAGGCCAAGACUUCCGGUGGUCUUCGGAGCCCCCAGAUAGCCCAUGAGCCUCAUGACUUCGGUGGUUCUCAGCUUCUGCCAUUGGGACGGGAGAUCCAGUCAGAGGAGGAAGGGACUGCCCCAGCUGGCGAUGGCUCAAGUUGUAACAUCAGGGGUUCUCGAACCCAGAGCCCAGGGGGCUGUUCAGUGGAGGCGGUGCUGGCCCGAAAGAAGCACCGUAGGCGGCCAUCGAAGCGCAAGCGGCACUGGCGGCCAUACUUGGAGCUGAGCUGGGCCGAGAAGCAACAGCGAGAUGAGAGGCAGAGCCAGCGGGCCUCUCGGGUCCGCGAGGAGAUGUUCGCCAAAGGCCAGCCCCUGGCGCCCUACAACACCACCCAGUUCCUCAUGAAUGACCGUGACCUGGAGGAGCCUGACCUCGAUGUGCUCCACGGGCCCUCCCACGCAGGCUCCGGUGGCGAGAAUGAAGCAGGGGACAGUGAUGGGCAAGGCCGAGCCCAUGGGGAAUUUCAGCAGAGGGACUUCUCCGAGGCCUAUGAGCGGUACCACACUGAGAGCCUUCAGGGCCGCAGCAAGCAGGAGCUGGUGCGAGACUACCUGGAUCUAGAGAGGCGUCUGUCACAGGCUGAGCAGGAAACUCGGAGGCUCCGGCAGCUGCAGGGGUGCCCCAGCAGGCAACCCUGUCAACAGGUGGAAGAGCUGGCUGCUGAGGUGGACAGACUCAGAACUGAAAACCGGCGGCUUCGUCAGGAGAACGAGAUGUGGAACCGAGAGGGCAGCUGCUGUGACCUGGAGAAGCCAGCCGCAGAAGGGACCCCUUGGCCCAAGGAUGAGGCCCCAUCUCAGACCCACACAGGCCAGCUGGGUCACAGGGAGGCAGGUGACAGAUGAAAGCUACUCCCAGCAUUCCCUGUCUCCACUGAGAACUGCUAAGACAAGGUCAGAGUUCCCCCCUGCCAUUCUCAUGGUUGGCUCUUUAAUGUCAUCUAACUUUUUACAGAGCGAUUAAACAACCUUGUGAGAUCCAGUGAGAGUGGCUAGAAUUGAUUUUAUCAGGGUUCUUCUUGAGUUCAACCUUCUUUUUUUAUUUU